AUGUAUCCCAAGUACCUUCUCUUGACCCUUGCAGCCGGCGUCGCAGCCGUUCGCGUGCCGGACAACGCCGGGAGUUCGGGAGCCCUCCAGGCCUACGGCCACCGCGAGUCUUCCAGCACUCCACCACCCAGGCCGACCUUCCCUGAUGCCGACGACGACGACGAAUCGUCGUUCAGGCGCCCGCGCGGCCGUAUUAUUUCUGGACGUGUUAAGCCUCGCAGCUUCCGCGAGUCUCCCAGCACUCCACCACCCAGGCCGACCUUCCCUGAUACCGACGACCCCAAGGGCCACCGCGGUCCCAGGAGGUGCGACUCCACUCGUCUCAUGCCCAAGCGCGGCGGCGACAGCGACAAUGACAGCGGCAAUGACAGCGACGGCGCCUGCAGCGACGACGACGACGACCGCCGCCAGCUGCUGCGGUCUAAGAGCCAGUACCAAUCGCUCAAGCCGCUGCUCAGUGGCGAAUUUGGCUCCCAGACGGGAUCGCCGAAGCCCUCGACGCCCGGGAGCACUCGUUCCUCUGGCCACGGCAAGCGCAGCGUCAACCAGAAUGGCAAGCAGAGCAGCGGCGGCCAGCCCCACGGGUUUGUCUCGCUGGAGCAAUUGAGUGGGCCGAAACCUCCCGUCUUUGCGAACAACUGGCCGCCGCUGAGCAGGACCCUCUCGGGCGAAAGGCGUCCCGCCUAUGCUUCUACUGAGGAGGUGAAGAAGGAGAACAAGAAGGACGAUUUCAAGGCUGAUUGA